UUAUUUCCUGGUGAGACUUACGGUCUAACGGUGAUGGAGUAUAAGACUCUGUAAGAAUGUGAUCACAUUCGAAAAAGAUCUCAUUGUGUUCCCUUGGUUUGGACGAGCUGAAGAAAAAUCAAAAUGCAUCUACUUCUGCUUUCGGCUUUCAUUUCAUCCUUUUUAAAGAUCAACGAGGGUUCAGCUUCCGAUUGGUGCUACCAAUCCCAGGACCCCUGUGGUUCCCGCUGUAAAGGUCCAGAGAAUUGGAAGGACAGUGUAAAUGGGAAUGUCUGUGCGGGAAAAUCUCAGUCUCCCAUUAACAUUGUGACUAAGAGAACGCUCUUCGAUGACCUGCUUACCCCUCUCAAGUUCGAAGGCUACCAGAAUGCCUUUAAUAGCCGCAUGGUAAACAACGGACAUUCCGUUAAAGUGGACGUGGCCACCAGCGCCACGAUCAGCGGCGGGAACCUGAGCUCGGUGUACAAGGCUGUCCAGUUCCACCUGCACUGGGGCAAGGAUGGAGGGCCUGGAUCUGAACACACUGUGGACGGGGAGCAGUACCCCAUGGAGCUGCACAUUGUUCACAUGAAACAACAUUACGCCUCUUUGGGUGACGCACUUAAAGACCCUACUGGCGUAGCAGUCCUGGGAUUCUUCUAUGAGGAGUCGCCGAGCGCAAACAAAAAUUACGAGCCCUUCGUCAAAGCCCUGAGUGACGUCAAAGUAACCGGAACCAAUACGACCAUCCACAUUCAGUCUCUGAGUUCCCUCCUUCCUUCGCCGAAAAAUCUGACCAGCUACUUCCGCUACAAGGGCUCCCUCACCACCCCCGGCUGCGCAGAGUCGGUCGUCUGGACCGUGUUUGAACACCCGAUUCUUCUCAGCGCAGACCAGCUCAAGGCCUUCUCCGAGGUUAAGUUCAAGGACGGGAAGCCCAUGGUGGACACGUUCAGGCCGGUGCAGCCGCUGCACGGGCGCAAGGUGUACCGGUCGGCGGGCGACGCGGUCCUGGCCAGCGCCACGCUCCUGGCCGUCUCCGUUUGGGCAGCCCUCGGACUGUCGUGGCCCAACUAGACGAGGAGGGGAG